CAUUUCGGUUCUUACAUCCAAAAUGUCGAGCGUUUUUUUUACUUAACCUCAAACCGACAUAUGUGAACGCGAAAAAUAUGAUGUAAACACGCAAAAACCGGAGAAUUAUCAAUUAAUGUCCGUAAAUUGUUGCUUUCCAGUACUUGUAACGCAUAGUUACCUAGGAAAAAAAGUGUUGUAAAUUCAAGGUUAAGUUAAGUAAAAUUUGGUUGUUUAAGUAUAAGGUUGUGUUCGGGCAGGCUAAUGCAUAACUAAAGUGGAAUAAAGACAAGACUGAAGUCUAUCGUUUAUUAUUGAUAACGUAGUCGUAAUAUUAAACAUUCAAAAUGUCUAAUACUUUAUGUAAGUCCUCUGUGCUGAAAAUUUAUCAGGACGUUAUGGAGGACGUUAUAUCCGGUGUGAGGGAUAUUUUUCUCGAGGAAGGCGUCGACGAGAACGUUUUACAGGAACUCAAACAACUCUGGGACACAAAGUUAAUUGCGAGCCGUGCUGUCCACAAUGAGGAAGAAAAGAAGAAACCGGAAAUAGUUUCAUCAAAUGGCUAUCCCAAACAACAGCAAGUUGUAGCCCCACAACAACAACACAUAAUCCCACAACAAAUGCAAGUCGUGCAAACCAAAAUGGUGCCCAUACAAAUCACACUUCCCCCACAACCUGGCACCGAUAACGGCCAAAGGGUGUUAACAAUACAAGUCCCCCACACGGCUCUGCAAGAUAAUCAGCUGCAAAAAGUCUUAACCGGGCCGGUUAUUACAGCAACUAUGGGUCUACCAGCAAAUAUAGCUUGUUCAGUGUUGCAGCAGCAUGUGAAUGCAGCUUUUGCUAGUCAGCAGUCUGUUACAAUUGUUAAUAAGAGUGUGAUACAGACUGAUGGGGCCCAAGAUGAUGAUGAAGACAUUGAGAUUGAGUUUAUUUUGCCUGUACCCAGCAAAAAAAUUAAGGAGAAAAAAUCCAAAACACCUAAAAAAUCCAAAGCCGUGCCAAAAGCGUCGACCUCGAAAACUCUCUUCCAAACCGACGGUCCACUGGACACGUCCGACGAUGACGACGAUGCCUCCAAUGACGACGAUGACGAUGACCUUGACGACGACAAGGACGAGGAGGACCAAGAAAUGGAGGAUGAAGGUGGUGAAGAAGAGCCUUUAAACUCGGAGGACGACGUAACGGACGACGACCCGUCGGACCUUUUCGAGACCGACAACAUCGUCGUGUGUCAGUACGACAAAAUAAUCAGGAAUCGUAACAAGUGGAAGUUUUAUUUGAAGGACGGCAUCAUGAAUUUGAGCGGGCAGGAUUACGUCUUCCAGAAAGCCAACGGCGACGCCGAGUGGUAAUUUUUCGCGGCGGAGUGGUUAAAUAAAAAAUAUGCAAGAACUAUUAAAAUAAUGCUAGUGUCACUUCUUAUUUACACGAAAAUGUUAUUAGUUUAGUACUAAAAAUAGACUGAAUGUUUUAAUAACCUAAUAUAAUGCAAGCCAAAAAAUAAAACUAUGAAACCGCGGGUUAAAUUUUUGCAAUACAAAUGAAUACCUCUCUGAAAAUAGUAAACACUAGUCGUUGUGAACGAAAUUUUGACGUACAAGAUUAUUGCUUUGGAACUUGUAAUCUCAAGCCAAAAAAAUGACUAGUGUACUUGUUGAAUUUUGAAUGUCGGGCCAAUAUAAAAUUGUGUUUAAUGUGUGAUUCGCAUUAAUAAAGAAAUUUCAUGUAAAUAUAUUGCUUUACUUUAAGUUCUAGGUGUAUUUAUGAGCAUGUCACUUUUUAGAUUUCAUUUCAUACAUGGAAAUUAAAAUAACCUUCUCAUGUAGAAUACUAAAAAUUGGCUUUCAUUUUUACAAUUUUUCUAUAUAAAAAAACCAUUCUGAGUAAGUAGGUAUCCAAUUUUGUAUAAAAUACGGAAUUUGUAAAGUUAUUUGUUCCUAGUUUUACUACUUAUUUAUUUUUUUAUUCACAACGCGCUUCAGUAUACAUUUUUAGCGUUUGUAAUCAAUCUGAUUAUCCAAAAAUUUUAUAGGAAGUCUGUGGUCAAAGCCGUAAAUUUUUACAUUGUAUUAUUAUUUGUGAAUAAAACUAUUUUUCAAUAAUUAAGAA